AUGGCUACAACCAGAUACACCGAGCCUAUCCCCGAGGGAAUCCCCGUCCUCGAAACGCGCAAACAACUGAACGACAUGGCGGACCAAUAUCCCAUGGGGACCCUGGACGAUAGAAACGGGGGCUACUACCUGCUCGACCACGACGGCGCCGUCUUGGCUGUUACGUCGGAUUCCCUAUGCGAAGAAUUGGACGCCUCUAUGGAAGAAGCGAGGAGAAUUCAUGCCGAUAACCUGGAUGACGGGGCCGAUGUUGUGCCUAGGGUGAUUGCCAUGUUUGUUCGUCGAGCUAUCAUUGGUGUUUUUGAUUAUGGAUUUGUGAUGCCGCUUGGGGGAGGUGGAUGUCUUGAAGAUAAAGGGGAAAUGGAUUGGAGCCUCUUGAGGUUUGUAUAUGGUGAUAUUAUCGCGUACUGA